AUGUGUGACGAGGAAAUUGCAAAAAGUUUCAAACAACGGUUUAAAGGAAUUGAAAACUUUCUGCGCAGAGUCGCUUUCAAUUUAGGAAACAGCGCUUCACAAACCGAAGUCAAAAUUAUUUCGUGCAUACCGAUUGACGUGACUGAUCUCCAACAAAAAAUUGUGAAUUUAGAGAAGGAGUUGCAGGAUGUUAAAGGGUCCGAUAAGAACAUUACUUCAGGAGACGUACCUAGAAGAGAGAAGACAUCUGAAAAAACGACAGCUUUCAACGCGACUGUCCCGGAAACUUGUUUGAGGGGUCCUGAAAUUUAUGACUCAAAGGCUAAUAUUGACAAAUCCGUCAAUCCAGAUAAACAAAGCAAGAAUAUAUUUUGUCCCAAUCAACAAGACUCGGAUAUUUCCUUCGUCUUCUCUGCAUUAUCGCUUGGAUCUUGUGGACAACAAACUAAAACUAUUGGAGAUACUGAGUGUGCUAAGCAGUCAAUACAACAAAGCAAAAGGCGAAAUAUCUUUAGACGAAAAAGAAAGGGUGAUUGUAAGGACAAACAAAAACCAAAAACGCAUUUUGUUUAUUACGCUGAAACAAUAAAUCCACUUUUAAUGAGCAGAAAUCUAAAAAGCCAAGUAAAGCCUCAGAUCAAAAAAGAUAUAUUUAGUAAACACCUCUCCAAAAUUAUGCGAAAGCAAUAUGACUCAAGGUUUGGACUUGAAGAAUUUUCUGAUACAAGUCAAUUUACGAGACCUAUCUGCAAAGAUAUAAAUUCUCCAGUACGGAAUGACUCUGAUAUCUGUUCUUGCUGCUACGGUAGGUUUCAAAACAUUGACAAUUACAUGGGAAAUGGUAUUAAUUUUAUGGUUGAACAUGAUCGCUCAUAUGUUAAAUCGAAAGAUUUUAACAAAACGUAUUACGAUUCUAAAUUCUAUGAUAUUGUACCUGUGAAAGAAAUAUCAGAAAGUUCAGAGAAAAAACAUCAAAAAGCGAUACCGAAAACAUUUAACAAUAUGAACUACCAUAAAACGCCGCGAAAUAAAUACCAAAUCGAUCCGAUUACUUUAAAUUAUCAUGCAGAAACGUAUCGUCGUUACCAAACUCGACAAGACGUUUAUAAAAAUGAGCCCAACCCAUCUUAUUCAAAAAGACAAAAAUAUUUGAAAAAGAAUAAUCAAGUUUACGAAGAUACCUCUAGAAGUUUCUCAGUAAAUUGCGGUAGCAUCUAUACGAAACGUGUACUUUCACCAAAAUUAACCGUCACUCGCGAUCAAGCCAUGACAAAUGAAAGAGAAAAUCACAUAACAGUUAACAUCAAUUCUAAAGACAAUCUUGGAAAAACAUCAAAAAGUAUACAAUUAGAAGUCGAUUUGUUGAAUGACACGAAGACUGAAACAAUGCUGAACCAAAUAAAAAGUAUACUGCAGUCUGUGCUAACUGAAGUUAAAACAAAUACUCAAUUAAACAAAGGUGAAACAGUGAAAAAGGAUGCUAUAGUACAAAAAGGUUCCUCUGAAAAUAACAUACCCAAGGAAUCGGUUAAUCAUUUUACUUACACUCCACCAAACCCUUCAUUUUAUUCUCCAUAUUCACAGCCUUACAUGCCUUUUGGGCGAGUAUGUUUUGAUAAUAUUCCUUGUCAGCCAGUAAAAUGCGUCCAGAACUCACCGUACUUUAUGCAGUCUUGUCAAGGACGCUGCAAAUGUUCUUGUCAACGCAAAAACAAUUGUUUCUUUAAGUGUGACACACCACACGCCAUUACAACAGCAACUAAUACUAAUAGUCACACAGCUACAACUGAGACAAACAAUCUUAUUGAAGAGAUUUACAAGUCUGUCGCGUUAAAUUUAGAUUAUCUCCCUAAAAAUAAUUAUUCCAGUACGAAUUACGAUAAUGAUAAGUCUGAAACAGAUAUGAAAAGCAUGGUGGACGAAUCCGAAGUAGUAAAAACUGAUAAAGAAAUAGAAGCUUUGCUAUCAAUGUGCACUGAAACUAGUUCGCAGUCAGAGGAAAAAGAAUCGAAAGAAACUCUUACUGACAAAAAAAUAAAUCAGGAACCAGAAUCCAAAUUAUAUCAUCUGUAUAGACUGGAAGAAAGAAAUAAUAUAAGAAAUGAUGAUAUUAGAAAACAAGAUUUGGCACACACCUACGGCGACGCAGAGAGUCACAGCACAGUCUUAACUCGAAGUUUUAAUGAAAAGAACAAAAAGGGCUUUUUCAAUAGAAUUGCGAAGUUUUUGAGAAGGCGUAAAGUUUCACAACACGAUGACAUAGUUGAAGAGGAGGAUUGCGAAUCGUCUGAAGAAAGCGAGACCGAUGAUUAUGAGACAGUCUAUAGCGGAAGUGGUAACGGAACCCGAGACAACAACCCACCGCCUCACAGAACAAUAUACACGAAAAAGCCGCGUAUUAAUAUCCAAGUAAACGGUAAAAGGAUACGGCGAUCUCCUUACAUGGAGCAAGAGUACCGGCGGCAUUGGAACGAAGAUUUGACGUUUGGACAAAAGGAGCAAAAGCAGGCACGGGAUCAAGCCGGGACUAGCCACUCGGUGAGAUACCAACAACAGUACGCUCCCUACCGGCGCAAUUACGAGGCCAGAAGUGUGAUUAUCCAAAGAGACAGUAGCCAUGAUCUCGCUCAAUAUGACAAUACAAAAGAAAAAAAAAGCUUUCUAAAAAAACAUAAGCUGGGACUACGUUGUGGGGAACAUUGGAAAAAUUUAAUCUUGGACAAUUAA